AUGGGUGUAGGACUGUCCUCUUCUAUCCCACAGGAGCUACAAAUGGCGGAUAAGAAACUUGCAGUGGAUUGCACGGCCAGAGGGGCAGUGUUUGUGGUGGCCGAAGCGGAUUGUAAACUCGAAGAUUUAGGUGAUAUUACGAAGCCUCAUAAUGGGAUGCUUUGUCAGCUUGUUUAUGAUAUUCCUGUUGCUGAAAAUAUACUGGAAAUUCCUCCCAUGGUGGCUCAAGUAACGAAGUUCAAAUGCGGAGGUUUUGUGAUAGGGAUGUGCAUGAACCAUUGUAUACUUGAUGGAAUUGGUGUAAUGGAUUUUUUUAAUUCUUGGGCUGAAACUGCUAGGAAUUUGCCAGUUAAAGUACUUCCAUUUCUUGACAGAACUAUUCUCAGAGCAAUAAAUCCACCCCAGAUCAGUAGCGGAUCCAUAAAAAGCUUCACAACUUUACAAACAAGAAAUCAUUUGCAAAUCCUUUCAUUUUGA